UUGAAGUAGUCUUACUCCCUCAGUGACCUUCUACCAAACUCUUUUGCCAAUAUUUCCCAGCCAUCCUUUCUUUUUGACUUCUUAGAGAAGUAUGGCAGAUGCUGUGCUAUCUUUUGCAAUUGAAAACCUUGGUAAUUUUCUUGUGCACCAGGUUAACAUACGAAUAGGAGUUAGAGAUGAUAUAGGCUGGCUCAAAGAAGAGUUAGGCUUCCUCCAGGCUUCCGUAAAUCGUGCAGAAUCAAGGCAAGAAGAUGAAAUCCGUCUAUGGAUAAGCACUGUCAGAGAUGUUGCCAAUGAAGCCGUGGAUAUACUGAAGAGAUUUCAGGAUGGACAAGCGAGUCUGGAACAAGGUCAUAUGGAUAGAUUUCUCAACUGUAUUUGCAUCUGCAAGAAAGAAGCUCAGCUUUAUGACAUUGGCAACAAUAUCGAGUCACUCAAGAAAAAGAUCGGUGUGAUCAAGGAGAGGCGACUCGAGUAUGGAAUAGACAAUAUUUUAGCCGGUCCAGAUGUAAAACAGAAAGAGAGAACCUUAAUAAGAACAAGUGCCAUUGAUAAACAGGUGGAUGUGGUUGGUUUCAAGGACGAUAUUCAAAAGUUGAUGAAAGAACUUAAUAGCGAGGAUCCGGCCCUUAAAAUCAUUUCCAUUCAUGGAAUGGGGGGAUUGGGCAAGACUUCACUUGCCACCAAGUUGUACAACUCUAACGAGUUGAGAGAUUUUGGCACCCGUGCUAAAGUUUGUGUCUCCGGAGAAUAUACCAUCAAAGAUGUCCUUAAGAGGAUAGUAAAGUCUUUCAAGGGACCUGAGCACGAACAAUAUAUGUCAAACAUGGAUGAGCAUGACUUGCUGCAGUACCUGUCAAAGUUACUCCAGAAUCAAGGUUGCUAUUUGGUACUUAUUGAUGAUAUAUGGGAUAUAAACGCUUGGAGCCAGAUCAAAACUGCAUUUCCAAACCAGGACAACGGUAGUAGGAUUAUCAUUACCACGAGAAACAAGAAAGUAGCAGAGACUGUAGAUAACAAAGGUUUAGCCUAUCAACUUCGUUUCUUGAGGGAAGAGGAAAGCUGGGAAUUGUUCUGCAAGACAGCACAACCAACCGACCAGUUGGAGAACUUAGGAAAGGAGAUGGUUGGUAAAUGUCGAGGUUUACCACUUGCAAUUGUGAUACUGGGCGGCCUUUUAUUGCACAACAAUAGCUAUGACUAUUGGGCAAAGGUGAAGAAGCAUAUCUGGAGAAACUUGACGGAUGACUCUGUGGAUAUUGUAGAAAUACUCAGCUUGAGUUAUAAAGACUUGUCUCCCCAAAUGAGAGAUUGUUUUCUCUACCUUGCAAGAUUCCAAGAAGACCAAAUUAUUGACGUCGAACGUUUGAAGCAUUUAUGGAUUGCAGAGGAAUUCAUAUCAGAAGAUGAAGAAGGAGAUGGAGUACUCGUGGAGGAUUUGGCCGAGGAUUGUCUGAACGAGCUAAGUAAUCGCAACUUGAUUCAGAUUGAGUAUUUGCAAUUGAAUGGGAAAGUUGGCAGUUGCCGGGUCCAUGAUCUUGUGCGUGAACUUGCCAUAAAAAAAGCAAAGGAGCAGAAGUUGUUGGUUAUUUUUGAUUCAAGUAAACACCAACCAAAUCUCAUCCAUUUAUUGAAAGGACAACGGCGUCAUGCUAUUUAUGAUGGAACUGGUAAGUACUUGAAAUCACUUGAGCAGCAUAUAUUUGAUGCUUCAUUUUUGCGUUCUCUCCUGCUCGAAGGUUAUGAAGAUAAAGUGGAAUUAAAAGAAAUGAAGUUGAUUUACACGAGCUUUAUAAAUCUCAAAGUGCUAGAUAUGUCGAGUGUAGAAUCACAUUGGAUACCAGAAGAAAUAGGGGACUUGGUUCUCUUAAAGUUCUUAGGCUUAAUGAGUAAUGGCGGUAAAACAGUAGCAGUGCCAACAAGUAUAGGCAAGCUGAAAAAGUUACAAUCUUUAUGGGGUGGGAGCGAUGGUAGUUAUUACACAGUUCCCAGAGAGAUGUGGGAGCUGCCUGAGUUGAGGCAUCUGUACUAUUUAUUCAUUGGAAUUAGCGGGAGGUUGAAUAUAGGUAGCCACCAAAUAAAACUCCAUUCCUUGAUAGGUAUACAAAUGAGGGAAUGGGUCAAGAUUGAUACUGUAAAUUUCAUUAACCUCAGUACAUUACAUAUGCUAAAUAUUGAUGGAGAAGGUUACUCACUGGAAUCACUUUCGUCUUUGAAUCUUCUCAAGAGCGUCUACUUAGUGGGUCCUAUAAAAGAGUUACGUUUUCUUCCAGAUUCAAUCAUGGAUUUGACCCUAUGUAACAGUCACUUAAAGGAAGAUCCAAUGCCUAGCUUGGGAAAUUUACCGAAUCUUACGGCUCUUGAGUUAGAUAGAAGAGUGUACCUUGGAAAUAAAAUGGUAUGUAGUCAAAAUGCGUUUCGGAGUCUUCAGAUUUUAAGACUAAGAAGUGUCUACAAUCUGGAAGAAUUGCAAGUCGAGGACGGAACAUUCCCUUGCCUCAAAAGUUUUCAAGCACUUGACUGUGAAGAGCUGAAGAAGAUUCCUAUCCAACUAGAACGUUUCUUGACCGAAUUCGGUAAAGGUGAGAUGAAUAGUUUCUCUCUUAUUUUAAACGUCUUUUUUCGAUAUUGGUAAUUUGUUUCUAUUUAAUUUGAAGUAUUUCAAUUCCAUUUGUGUCGAUUAAAGUUUAGGCUUGUAAUAUAUAAGAUGCACUUAUUUUUCUUUCCUAUCAAGAUUUCAUUAUUUUCUUCAAUUUCAUUAUAUGGAAUAUUUGGUGAUCA